AUGCCGUCUUCUGCGCUCCAUGAUCACUCGAAUUGUCUUGUUACAGAACGCCUCGUCCGUCCGGAACGAGCAUUUCUCCAUUGGACAAUCGAGUUUCUGCGAAAAGCGUUCCACAAACCAGUCGACCUUCAGGUGGACCCCGGUGUAGACGAGAGAGUAGAAAUGACGAGAGGCGCUGAAAAUAUGAUGCCUGAUUGUGGCUAUACGAGACUAGGCGGCAAAGAAUUGAGAUGCUUCAAGCACUUUAAAACCGAGCUAGGAUGUAGUCCAAGAGCGAUCGUCCUGCUAAAGCUGGAUAACCAAUCCAUUGACAAGAUUCAGAGUUCCCUAAAAAUAGAAGUCUAG